GUGACGCACCUGAGACGAUAGGAUUUCCGGAUUUCUAGGGGUUUCGGGGGUUUCAUGGAUUUUUCGCUUCUGCUUUUAGGUAGUGGGCACUGGGCAGAGGCCGGUCGUAAAACUUAUAUUGUUAAUUGGAAAUAGCUGCUAAUCAGCUUUCAAGAUGAACCGUAUGUCCUGGCAAGAUGUGGCGGAGCGGUACCGCCGCUGGAGGGAGGACAACUCCCGCAACAGUGACCUGAUCGUUCAGCUCUGGGAGGAGGUACUCUGCGCCAAGGUCGACAAACUCGGGGAUGAGAAGUGGAUGGUACUGGAACAGGUGGCCGUGGCCGCGCUGGACCUGCACAAGAUGACCGUGGCAGAAGACUGUCUGGUGAUGUUGUCCAAACAGUUCCCCGGCAGCCAGCGCGUCAGGAAACUCAAGGCGCUCAGACUGGAGGCCCUGGAAAGGUAUGAGGACGCCAAUGACGUGUAUGACGCCAUCCUGCGCAAGGACGAGACCAACACGGUGGUCCGGAAGCGGAAGAUCGCCAUCCUGAAGUCGCUGGGGAAGACGUCGGAGGCCAUCAGGGAACUGGUCGAGUACCUGAAAAAGUUCAUGUCGGACACUGAGGCGUGGAUGGAGCUCUCUGACCUCUACAUCAGCGAGCAGGAUUACGCCAAGGCCGCCUACUGCAUGGAGGAGCUGCUGCUGCACAACCCCCACCACCACCUGUAUUUUCAGAAAUACGCCGACAUUAAAUAUACACAGGGCGGCUUUGACAAUGUGGAGGUGGCACGCUCCUACUACUCGAGAGCUGUGAAACUGAGCUCCGCCAACAACAUGAGAGCCCUCUACGGGCUACUGCUGUGCUGCUCUCAGAUCGCCAACUCACCCAAAGCUCAGGCUCAGAAGAAGAAAGAGAACACCAAGAUCGGCCAGUGGGCCGCGCAGUGUAUCUCAGACAAGUACCGUGAGGCGAGUGGCUCUGAGGACAACCAGCCCGUGGAACAGCUACUGGGGGCGCUCACACUCAGCUAGUUGGAUGGAUAGCUAGACUUCUGGCAUGAUAGAUAGACCGACUGCUGGGCGGGCGAUCAGCUGGUCCAGUUGGACGUCCAACUAGCCAAACAGCUAGUUGGAGGUCAACUAGUGUUGACAGUCAGCGACACUGAUUCAGUUAGAUUGGAGGCCCACCGAUCUGACUCUCAGUAUGUUGACCUGUCUGAUAGUGCGACUGUCACAGAUGAACGGUUCACUGAACUGGCUAGCCGCUGUGACUGAACUGUGACACGGACUAAAGCCGACGAUGGCUAACCUAUGGAAAAAUGGUGGCACCGACAUAGCGAACAGAACAGGACAGGCGUGGAGCUUGCAUACGACCAAGGACGGAUGGUGGUAAAGGUGGUAUUAAAACGGAGACAUAACCGUGAUCAUUUGAUCACAGCAGGUGUUUGUACUGGUGAGUCGAGCUCGUGAAAGAUGGAGCGCUAGCACCGUCUGAGCUGGUCGAAUUGUGCCCAUGGUGACCUCUUGACCCAUAGUUGUCCUACAAUUUAGCGUUUAUCCUAUUAAUUGUAUGCCGCAAUGCUACGAAAGAUAGUGUGAAAGACUUGACAAGUAUGCGGCAUCCUCGGAAUUCGGUCUAAUAACAAGCCACGUUUAUGUUGCACUUGUGUCUUGCCAUGCCACGGAGGAAUCCCAUUGUGUAUACGCACGCGCCACUCUGUGUUUCUGUGCCGCUCGAUUAUUCCCAUGUGUAAUUAUGUGCGUUAUGUUCAUUGGUCCGUGUGUCGUGUAUUGGUAUCGGUAAACGAUUAUGGGCGCGGCGUGGUGAUUGGCUGGUUGCGUGUGUACUCUGUCAGACGGCGUGUCAUUUCCGUGAUUGAGAACAGAAGCGUGCAGUGAUUAGUGGGUGCGUGUAAUCGCUCGUGUGGCGCCAUGAGUUAUUUCUGUGGUGAUUUAUGGCGUUAUGUCAUCUUACUCUACUCCGGUAAAUAACGUCCCGAAAUGAAAUAAUUUACAGGUUUAUUGUGGCACGCUAAGUGUAGCAUCAUGCCGAUGUUGGUAUUUGUGUUAUUCUUGUGUUGUGUGUGACAAAUAUGAAAUACACGACCAUAAGCCC